CGUACGAUGGUACUAUUCAAUUCCCAACGUUUUAGAAAAUUAUCAAAUUUAUUAUUAUCGCUUUUUUUCCCAGCAUCAAAAGUGGGUACCAGAAUUAUGAUGAACGAUAUUUACAUUCCAAGCUACAGAUUGGUGCAGGAUACCAAACCAUAUUACGUCUAUUUAAUCCAAGUAUGCGCUAGAGAACUUGGUCUCUUUGGUACUGUCGAAAAAAGAUACAGUGCUUUUCAUUCCUUGCACAGAGAACUCAGAAAACAAUUUUCAACUCCUCCAUUUCCACCGAAAAGAAUAAGAUGCUCUCAAGUGAGAGUACUCGAACAAAGGAGAAAAGAGCUUGAAACCUAUUUACAGACAAUGUUUCAUUUUGUGCCAAGCAGAAAUUUUGUAACUAACUUUUUGGGCUUGUCAUUAUCCUCGAACCAUUCUGUCAACAGUGACAAUCAUCAUCAUCAACCUAUAUUUAAACUUGAAAACUCAAUGUUUACAAAACGAACUGGCUUGCCUAACAUAAUCAAAGACGGAGUACUGGAUGCUCUUUAUGGCUCGGCAAAUCAAGUUUCUUGACCCUACUAUUAUUUGUCACUGGAGGCUGAUAAAUGAAAUCCACAUAAUGUGAAAUGAUGUGCCAAAACAAUAUGGAUAUCUACAUUAAUUUUAUUAAACUUGAACAAAACUGUAUAUUUUAAAUUAAUUAAAUUUUUAGAAAAUAUUUUGUAAUGCUGUUGAUCUCUAUAAGUGAAGUCUCAUAGACAUAUCGUAAAUAAUAGUCGUUGAAAAUAUUAGUACAUGAGUGAGAAGAAAAAUAAUACAAAUAUUAAGGAUGUCAUGAGUUAAAAUUAAAAAUUAAAUUUAUCUUAUAUUUUCAACAAAAUGAUCAUAAUUUUAAAAAAAGGGGUUUUGCAAUUAAGUUAGCUAAAAGUUCAAGCGCUUUUUGGGGAAAAAAAAACAAACAUUUGAAAGUACGUUGGGAUGAACUCAGGUCUGCUGAUAUAUGCUUACUCGAUGUUUAAAUGGCCAUGUAAAGCUGCUCAAUUUUUGACAUUGAUUAAAAAAAACAUCCUCUGCUCCAGUUGUGUUUUUUAAUAUAAUACCUUACCGCAAAAAAAAAAGAUGAUACUCCAAAGAACUAGGUUGAGGUUGAGUACAGUAAAAGCUCAAAAGUCAGUAACUGGGAAUAUACAAUAAGUUAGAAAGCUGCAAAACUUUUAAUAUCAAACCGCUGUUUCUUAGUAUCCUUAUACCAUCAUUAUAUUUUCAAGCAAAUAAAGUAUAAGUCGAAGGCAUGUUUGCAGAAUGGUUUUUACUACAACAAAGAAUGACACCUUGAAUAUUUUUGAUAUAAUUAACAUUGGAAUGCAGAGUGGUAAAUUAAACUUUUUUUUCUCACCCAUUUAUAUAUUUUGUUUUUCUUUAAUAUUUACAAUGAAGAUGUGAGAUCAAAUUUUUUAUUACUCUUUUGUAGGAGGAGAGAGAACUGUUGCUCAUUUACAAAUGUUAUUAUUUUCAGGCUGUUAAUGUCUUAGACAACACUAUUUCAUUGUGAAUUAUUUUUUACAUAGUUGUAGUUUGUGUAGAAUGCUAUAUUUUAUUGAUUGUAUAUGUCAUGACAAAUUGUGAUAUUAAAACGAGAUUCACCAUUUUUAUAACUGAAUACCAUUUGAAAUUGAAAGCAUUUUUAAAAGUGAUUGUAAUUGGGGUCCAAAUAGACUCAUUUUAUUUAAAAUUGGUGAAUGUUUUGAAGAAAUAAAUUAAAAACUGAAUUUACCGGUGGUAACAAUCAAUCGUAGUGCAUGUAGUUGGUGAUCUUCAGUGAUAAGAGAAAAUACACAAUCCAUUUGUUUAUACAGAAAUUAAUAUGCAUGAAAAAUGUACAAUAAAAUCAAAAAUAUAUAAAGAAUAGUAGCUA